GUGACGCUCGCCCGGGAUGCUUAGCGGAGCUUUUAGAGGACCUGUGUGUGUGCAUGUGCGCAAGUGAUCCUCUUUAGCCGACACUUUUUAAACGCUCCCGUCUCCGCAGCAGGCAAACACAUACAGACACAUACACGUACGGGACGCAUUUGGUACAAGGACGCUCGGAGCGACAAAUAUGGCACAACCUGGACAGAAAGUCAUUCUGAUUACCGGUUGCUCCUCCGGAAUAGGGCUUCGGAUGGCCGUGCUUCUCGCAAAGGAUGAGCAGAAACGGUAUCACGUCAUCGCCACCAUGCGUGACCUGAAGAGAAAGGAUAAGCUAGUGGAAGCGGCGGGGGACGCGUACGGGAAGACCCUGAGCCUGCUCACCCUGGACGUGUGCAACGAAGAGUCCGUCAAGCAGUGCAUCGACAACGUGAAGGACCGCCACAUAGACGUCCUCAUUAACAAUGCAGGUAUUGGGCUUGUGGGCCCGCUGGAGUCCAUCAGCAUGGACGAGAUGAAGAAAGUGUUUGAGACAAACUUCUUCGGGGUCAUCCGCAUGAUCAAGGAGGUCAUGCCCGACAUGAAGAGGAGACGCGGCGGACACAUCAUCGUCAUCAGCAGUGUCAUGGGCCUGCAAGGUGUGGUAUUUAAUGACGUCUACGCCGCCUCUAAGUUUGCCAUGGAAGGGUUCUGUGAAUGCCUGGCAGUGCAGCUUCUCAAGUUUAACGUGAUACUGUCCAUGAUUGAGCCCGGGCCCGUCCACACGGAGUUCGAGAUGAAGAUGAUCCAGGACGUGUCCCAGAAGGAGUACCCCGGCGCAGACCCGGACACGGUCCACUACUUCAAGAACGUCUACCUUCCCUCCUCCGUGGACAUCUUCGAGGCCCUGGGACAAACCCCAGAUGAUAUCGCCAGGUGCACCAAGAAGGUGAUCGAGGCAAGCAACCCACGCUUCCGCAACCUGACCAACCCGCUGUACACGCCCAUCGUGGCCAUGAAGUACGCCGAUGAGACGGGGGGCCUGUCCGUCAAGGCUUUCUACCACAUGCUCUUCAACAUGGGCGGCCUCAUGCACGUCAGCAUGACCGCCAUGAAGUACCUGACCUGCGGCUGCCUGCGGAGUCGCACCGUCUCUCCAAACUGAUAGGGGGCGCUCCUGAGCAGUGCUGUCUAGCCGUCUUCCACAUUUACAUUUACAUUCGUGCUUUUAGCUGUCUACCUCCUCACUGAUAGGGGGCACUGCUGAUCCACGCUGUCUAUCCAUUGACAUGUACAUGUCUGCUGUUAGCAGGCUGUCUCUCGCCAGACUGAUAGGCUCUGUAGCUGUCUACGUUUCCAAUGUUGUUUAUGCAUUUAGCAGAGUGAUGUUUUUUAGCAGACAGUCUCCCUCCACACCAACAGGUGGCCCUACUGAGUCACGCCAUCUCACAUGUACAUUCUUAUUUACAGUUCUGCGUUUAGCUGGUGCCUUUUGCCCAGCGUCACAUGCAGUACAGUGUCAGGUGUUGGCUAUCUAACCUAUGACCUUGGUAUUGGCUAUCAAACUAAUGACUUUGGUGUUGGCUAUCGAACCUAUGACCUUGGUGUUGGCUAUCAAACUAAUGACUUUGGUGUUGACUGUAGAGGGGACUGUCGGACACACACACAUACCAAACCGACCAUCCCUCUGACACACACACACACCCACACACAGACACCCACCCACACACACAGACACACACACACACACGCACGCACACGCUGCAACCUCAUUCAGUAUUUACAAAGCUCUAUUUACUCUGGUUGCUAUGCCUGGGGUUGUGAGGGAGGGAGUCAUUUUUUGGACCUCUUUAGAAGCCCCUUUCUGACGGUUUUGUAGCGUUGUUUUUGACACACAGGAACGUCCAUGUGUUCAGUGUUCAUUCAGUGUUCAGCAAGGAUGUGGUAAGGCCCUGUAUAUAGUGGGCUUGCUGGUGAAUAGCAAACUCUCAAAAGGGCCGGACACAAACGAACAAACAAACAAACAAACAACAUAAUAUCCAUUCCGUAAUCACAUCAUAAUGUGUUUUGUCUCUUCAACAGACAAUCACAGAAUUUCACAGAGAAACUCAUUCUUAGGUUUAGCUCAAUCUAGAAACUCAUUCUUAGGUUUAGAUGUUACAAUCAGAAAAAAAUAUUUUUAGAUCAUUUGAAACAUAUUUUGCAUAUAGAUAUGAGUAAGAUGCUUAUACAUAUUUUGAAUAUGAUUUUUUUGUGUUUGAAAUUAAAAUGAUGUUGCUCCUUUGACAAUAAAAGUUGAGUUUUUUUUGUUAA